AGGUUCUAUCAAUUGAGGUCCAAACUGCCUCCCGGUCCAAAUCCGUGGCCAAUCAUCGGCAAUAUAUUACUAUUCAAAAGGAAAGAUCAUUGGGAUGUUGUGUUGAGAGAAGUGGCCAAACAAUACGGCCCGACAUUCACUUUCUGGCUCUUCAAUAGACCACUAGUGGUCGUGACGGACAUCGAGACGGCCAGAGAGGCCUUCAGGAAGAAUGACUUCGCCGGUAGAGACAUGUCAUACACCGCGAGGCAAUUUUCAAAUGAAAAACAAUCGGACAUAAUAUUUGCCGAUUACGGGCACCGAUGGGAGGCGUUGAGACGAGUGGCACAUUCGGCCGUACACAAAUAUUCAACGAAUGAAAGACUGGUUUCUGUGGCCACCGAUUCAGUCGAUCGUACGGUUAAACAGAUGUUAGAGAGGGAAGGAGUGGGCAAUGGUUUUGAUCCCAAGACAUAUAUCUAUUUAAUGUUUCUCAACAUAUUGGCCACCAGUGCUUUUGGCAUUAGUUACGACUUUGAAGACCGAGAAUUCAAAUUUAUUAAAUAUUUAUUGAAAGAUUUCCCGAAACAAGUGGGCUCUCGAGCCUUCUUAUGGGAAUUCUCGUCAAUAAUACGAUUUUUAGACCGAAAAAUGGUUCACAAAAACGAUAGACUGACCAAAAAAUUCAUUGAUUUAAUUAAAAAUAAGUUUACAAAACAUUACGACGACUAUAACGAG